AUGACACGUCGCAAGAUCAUUCCAGCAACGACUCCUAGCACAUCCUCUGUCGAUACCGAUGCGACGUUGGAGAGAACACAAGCAAACCUGGCACGCCAACAGGAAGGCAGCUACCAAGAUGCCACAAGCCGGCCGCCAUCCCUUGGCCAACCCCUGGCGAGCAGUCCUCAAGUUAACCAGACCACCCAGCUCAUCAACACCGAGCUUCUCAUUCCAGGCCGAGGCGAACCGCAGAACAGGAUGACGGUGAUUCUGCAGGACGGCAAAAUCACCUCGGUGCUGCCUACAUCCUCGGUGCCUCCGCCAUUCAAGAAGCUUCCAACCACAAAUGUUCCUGUACUGCUUCCUGGCCUCUGGGACUGCCACACGCACCUGCUGGGGGCAACUUCGUUCAAUUUCAGCGAACUGCUUACCACAUCUCCACCAGCCCUGGCUGGGGCGCGGAUCAGUCGCAACGUGCACGACAUUUUGAUGAGCGGCUUCACCUCGAUCCGGGACCUGGGCGGCUAUGCCAUUGAAGUGUCGCAGGCGAUCGAGGAAGGCAGCCUCGUCGGGCCGAACAUCUACUCGGCCGGGGCGGCCAUCUCACAGACUUCGGGACACGGAGACAUCUACGACCUGCCGUCGGGGUUCGUGACGUCGUGCCUCGGGGUGAGGGACACGCAAGCCAACGCGUUCGCGCCUGCCACGGGGCCGUUGCUGCUGGCCGACGGCGUGGACGAGUGCCGGCGUGCCGUGCGGCUCCUGACCCGCCGCGGAGCCAAGUGCAUCAAGGUCUUUGCCUCAGGCGGCGUCCUGAGCAUCGCCGACGACCCGCAGAGGCAGCAGUUCUCGCUGGACGAGCUGCGCGUUGUCGUCGAAGAGGCUGCCCGCGCAGGCCGUGUCGUCGCUGCCCACUGCCACGGCAAAGCCGGAAUCAUGGCCGCCCUCCAUGCCGGCUGCCACACCAUCGAACACGGCACCUACAUGGACGCCGAGUGUGCCGAGCUCAUCAAGGAAAAGGGCGCCAUCUAUGUCGCCACCCGCACCAUCGUCAAGGUCGGCAUCGACCAUCCCGAGCUCAUGUCGCCUGAAUCCUACCGCAAGAUGGUCGAGACCGCCAAGUACCACCGCGCCGCGUACCGUUUGGCCGUCAAGGCCGGCGUCAAGAUCGCCCUCGGCACCGACCUGGGCAUCAGCACCCCGACCACCCAUCCGCUGGCCCUGGGCAAUAGUGGCGGCGAGCUGGCCUACGCCGUGACCGAUGGCGGCAUGGAUCCGCUGGCUGCCAUCGAGGCCGCCACGGCCCGGGGCCCCGAAGUCCUUGGACACCUGGGCAUGGCGCCCAAGAGCGGCCAGAUCGUCGUUGGAUAUGACGCGGAUUUGAUCGCCCUGGCCGCCAAUCCGCUCGCCGACAUGGAUCUGUUCAAGAACCCCAAAAACAUCACGCACGUCUGGAAGGCUGGAAGAUUGUUCAAAAGCCCUACUCAGGCGGCCUAG